UUUCUCCCCUUCGGAUCCUCUUCCUGCACCUCUGACCCAGCUACUACCUUCUAAUUCUACCCACACACAUCCUUCCCUCUCAGCUCGUACAUAACAGAACAAAACCAUGGCGGACAAGACGACCGACGAGACCCAAGCCUCUGCAGGCGCCGAGGGCCAGGCGCAGGGCAACGCAUCCGUUGGCGGAGGCGCUCAGGGCUCGAACAAGAAGACCACCGAAAAGAAAGCCCCCAAGAAGCUUGGAAAGAAGCAAGAGGAGACUCAGCAGCAACCCACUCCGGACCAAUCGCCGGCGGCAGGAGAAUCAGACGCAGAGGCCGAUGCUGAUGGAGAAGUGGACGGCGAGCCCGAGCCCCAGCCAGAACCGGAGCGCAAGCAAUCGCAGUCUAGGCGCCGCCAGUCUCGUGGCCGAGGUCGCAGGAAUGUCCCCGACAGCGACACCGAGUCAAUUCCUCGCUCCGAUGUUUCGGCGUCUGGCGGACGUCGCAACCGUCAGCGCCAGAGGCAGAAGGGAGGCAAGCAGCAGGGCGGCGGCGGACCGCUUGACGGCAUUACCGAGAAUGUGCCUGGCGGUGAGCUUGUCAGCGGCGCCGGCGACAUGGUGCAAAAUACGGCCGGCAACGCCGUCAACCAAGUUGGCGACACUGCGGGCAAGGCCCUGGGCGGCUUGACCGGAGGUGGAGGAGGCGAGGAAGAGGACGGCGGCAAGGGCGAGCAACUCCGCCUGCGCCUUGAGCUGAACCUGGACAUUGAAGUGCAGCUCAAGGCGAAGAUUCACGGUGACCUGACUCUGGGACUACUUAACUAAGGUGGAAAUGAAUGCACGGGUAAACGUCACGAGUCACGCAGGAUACGGGGAACAGGUUUUGGCGGUGUAAUUAUUUGUUG